UGACUCGCCUAAAGUCCGCUCGUCCUUUCUAUUUCUCCUCCUCUAUAAAUCACAGCCACUGCAAUUGGCCCAUCUCGCAGAGAUCCUAGAGAGUCCUUUCUAAUUCUCCUCCCUCUAUAAAUCACAGCCACUGCAAUUCGCCCAUCUCGCAGAGAUCCUAGAGAGAGAGAGAGAGGGAGGGAGAGAUGGAGAGAGCCCUCGAUAGGCAGAGAGUCCUGCUCCGACAUUUGCAGCCCUCUCCUUCAUCUGGGUCUCCUUCUCACACCCCGCAAUCGGCUUGUGUUUCCGCCUCGGCAUGUGCUGCUGGGGACCUCGCGGCUUACCAAAGGACAGCAAGUUUUGGCGAUGAUGUGGUGAUUGUGGCCGCGUAUCGCACAGCCAUUUGCAAGUCCAGGCGUGGGGGUUUCAAGGAUACUCUUCCUGAGGAUCUGCUAGCCCCUGUUCUGAGGGCAGUGGUGGAAAAGACCAACUUGAAUCCCGCAGAAGUCGGGGAUAUAGUUGUUGGCACGGUCUUAGCUCCUGGCUCACAAAGGGGAAUUGAGUGCAGGAUGGCAGCAUUCUACGCUGGUUUUCCUGAAACUGUGCCACUCCGAACUGUCAACAGGCAAUGCUCCUCUGGCCUUCAGGCGGUUGCUGAUGUUGCUGCUUCCAUUAAAGCUGGUUUUUAUGACAUUGGAAUUGGGGCUGGUUUGGAGUCAAUGACGGUAGACCAAGUUCGUGCAGUUCCUAAAGUCAACCCAAGAGUACACAGCUUUGCACAAGCGCGGGAUUGUCUUCUUCCAAUGGGGAUCACUUCUGAAAAUGUGGCCCAGCGUUUUGGCGUGACCAGACAAGAGCAAGACCAGGCUGCUGUUGAAUCUCAUAGGCGAGCCUAUGCUGCCACGCAAUCGGGGAAAUUCAAAGACGAAAUCAUUCCUGUAUCUACCAAGUUUGUUGAUCCGAAAACUGGAGAGGAGAAGCCAGUCACGAUUUCCGUUGAUGAUGGUAUCCGACCAAACACAAAUAUAAAUGACUUAGCAAAGCUGAAGCCUGCCUUUAGAAAGGAUGGGGCAACAACAGCUGGGAAUGCUAGUCAAGUGAGUGAUGGAGCUGGGGCUGUACUGCUAAUGAAGAGAAGUGUGGCUGUGCAGAAGGGGUUGCCCAUUCUUGGUGUUUUCAGGAGUUUUGCGGCUGUUGGUGUGGAUCCUGCUGUCAUGGGAAUUGGUCCUGCUGUUGCCAUUCCCGCUGCAGUAAAGUCUGCCGGGCUCACGCUCGAUGAUAUCGACCUUCUUGAAAUAAAUGAGGCAUUUGCAUCUCAGUACGUGUAUUGUUGUAAAAAACUGGGGCUUGAUCCAGAAAAAGUCAAUGUUAAUGGCGGCGCCUUAGCUCUCGGGCAUCCUUUGGGUGCUACAGGUGCACGAUGUGUAGCAACUCUGUUGAAUGAAAUGAAGCGUCAGGGAAGAGACAGCCGGUUUGGAGUAAUAUCAAUGUGCAUAGGUUCGGGUAUGGGUGCAGCAGCAGUUUUCGAGAGAGGGGACUGUGCCGAUGAAUUAUGCAAUGCUCGACCUAUCAAGAUUAAUAACCUCCUGUCUAGGGAUGCUCAGUAGAUGCAAGUGGGGUUAUCAUCUGUACGAGUUUAAGAUUGGUGAAUGGCUGUUGCUAUCUCUACUUUGAUUUCAGCGGCAAGAAAUGCAUUGUUCUCAGACACACAUCUACCGAGUCUGCUUUCAUAGCUGUUUGAUUCCCGUGGAUUUGGCCUGUCCUAGAUUUGAUGAAAAGGGUUAUAUACUCUCUGAGUUUGGUGGAGUCUAGGUAAAACUUUUUGUCUAGCUUUGCACCUGAGAUUCCCUUUCGGUUUCCAUCUAAAGUUAGCUAAAUUUAGGCUAGCUGAAGAUCGUCAAAUUUCUCGACGAUGAAGAAUCAUGUAGAAGAAGCAGAUUACAGACCGUUAAAUGUUUCAUGGAA